CCUCGAACGACUUAGCCAGUUUUCUUGUCUGUCCUCGCUAUCUUUGCUUCGACAGGGUUUGUUCCUGGCCGGUGGGCUGCGUUGAUCGUCCAGGGCCUUCUAUCUCAUUUCGACUCGGUCAUCUCUCCACUCCGUUCCACUCCCCCCCCAUCUCACUUCUCCGCGCAUCUAAUCGUUCCCUGACAAUGGCAUCGCCCAACCCCACCAACACCACCAACCCCCGUCCAACUCGGCCAGUGUUGCGACAGACGCUUUCCAGCGGCUCGUUCAUCCAGGACCACCAGCAGUACAAGCCCUCUGUUCCAAUUCAGACCAUUGGAAAUGUGAUCGGCAACGCCCCUGAGUCCUCGUUCGCAUCCUUGUCUCUCAAUGCGAAUCCUAUCAGUCCCGAUCCCGAGAAGGUGACUGAGAGCGGCAUCAUCCACAGCAUGUUCCACUCCCACGCGAACCCUCUUCCCACCGGAACCCAGCAACUGGUCGCGACUAUCUUCUACAAGUCCGCCAAUCCGGUCCACCCCCAUCUGCACCCCGACUCGUCUCCUCAUGCUAAGCCUGGAGAUACGCUGCCAUCGCCUACUGUUCCCGUCGGCUCUGCCCCGACCAUCGACAUCGAGAAACUUCCCCGGGAGCCUCCUGCGCCCGAGCCCGAGCCGCUCGACCAUUUGUACGGCCCAUUUGUGUCGCAGCUUUGCCUGACAAACUUCCUUCAGAUCAUCGAGUCUCUCCCGACCCCGUAUCAGCGCACGAAUACCUCCCACCGUUGCUUGGAGAAGAACGAACACCCCCGGGUGGUGGAAGUCACUUUCUCUCCGCCCCCUAACCCGGAAUACCUGACCUUUGAAGACCUCCGCAAACACGAGAGCAUAUGGCGAUUCGAGCGCGAAUGGAACGUCGAGGUUGUGCUCCAGAGAGAAAGCGUCUUCCGCCGUCACAAGCGUCUCUUUGUUUUCGACAUGGACAGCACACUCAUUCAGAACGAAGUCAUCGAUGAGAUCGCCAAGUUUAUCGGUGUUGAGAAGCAAGUCUCGGAAAUUACGGCCCGCGCUAUGAACGGUGAACUUGACUUCUCCGCUUCUUUGAAGGAGCGGGUCUCUCUGCUGAAGGGAGUUCCUGCAGACGUCUUCGAGAAGUUGAAGUCUGUUAUCACCAUUGCUCCUGGUGCACGCGAACUGUGCAAGGCCUUGAAGACUCUUGGCUGCAAGAUGGCAGUGUUGAGCGGUGGCUUCCAGCCUCUUGCGGAGUGGCUUGCCGGAGAGCUUGGUCUUGACUACGCUCAUGCCAACCAUCUUGAAAUCGAUCCCACCACCCAGACCUUGACAGGCAGGCUGGUCGAGUCGUACCCGAUCAUCGAUGCGGCGCAGAAACGCUCGCUGCUGCACUCGAUCGCUGCCCAAAAUGGAAUCCCGAUCUCCCAGACUGUGGCUGUUGGCGACGGUGCAAACGACCUGCUGAUGCUCCACUCUGCCGGACUCGGCGUUGCCUGGCGCGCCAAGAGCAUGGUGCAGCUCGAGGCCCCGACUCGCCUUAACGGAGAGAGCCUCGUCGAUAUCCUUUACCUUCUUGGCCUCACCCGGGAUGAUGUCAACGAACUGAACGUAUAGAUUUGGCUAUGACACAGGGCCUGGAGUCUGUCAAUACUGUCCAUGGCCGAACCACCGACAGUUUACGACAGUUUAUCAUCCUUCAACGGCUCGGCAAGGAACAUAUGAACACAUCGCCAGGAGCGAAGAACGCCACAAUUUCAGACUUCUCGCCCGUCGUUCUCACUCACAAUCUCGGUUGAAUUUCUUUUUUUUCUUUUUCUUGACCAUCUUCUACCAAUACCUUUUUCUGAUUGACCCGGGAGUUGGAUUCAGUAGACACAUCAAACCGGGCAAUUGUGUCUCUAUCACGCGGUUGUCAUGUUUUAGAACGAGUGAACUCGCUUACAUGCUGGUGUCUGAAUGAUUGGAUCAGAAAGCGGGUGGAGUACAUACCAUACAGCAACAGGCUGCAGCGCAACGAAGUGAUUGAAUGAACGGCCGAGCUGGAUCAUUAUGCGAGUCAUAAUGAUUGACUGCUUGAUUGAUAAGUUGUUGAUACGCUGAGAUAUCAC